UCGCCAUUGAUGUCGAGUCCAAAGAGAGAGCUCUGGUCUGGAAACCCAACUCGAAGAAGAAACGUCUUUCAAUCCUCCUCGUACCCGAAGUCGAUGGUCGAUCCCAAAAGUCUCCACUGAUUCUCCGAUUCUCUCCGAGAAAAGCUCCUCCCGUUUCUGGCGAUCGAUCAAUCGGUUUGGCUUUGCUUCACAUUGGUGGGACCUUGGACCGCCGAUCCCGAGCUGACCGGACGGGCGGAGCCGAAAUUGGGGAUUUAGGGUUGGGAGCUGCCUGGAGAAAUGGGGAGACUGUACAUACAGAAUCUGAUCGGGGAGAAGAUCUUCAAAUGCAAGUACUGCCGGGUUGACUCAGCUUCUCACGACGACAUCAUCUCCAAGGACUUCCGCGGCCGCUUCGGCCGGGCUUACCUUUUCAAAAAUGCGGUGAACAUCUCUCUUGGGCCCAGUGAAAAUCGCAAUCUUACAACCGGGCUCCACAUCGUGAACGACAUCUAUUGCAGCUCUUGCCAACAGAUUCUGGGCUGGAGAUAUGAAAAGAGAGAUUGUUUACACUGGAAGAUUGGGAUUUUGCCUCUAUUACAUGAGAAAGCCUACGAAGAAAGCGAGAAGUACAAAGAAGGGCUUUACAUCCUCGAGAAGGAAAGAAUGCUGAAGGAUGGAUGGUGACCCUGCAGGUUGGUCGAAUUCCAGUCUCUGUGAACUGUUAAGAAGCUGAACAAAUUGGUUCGCUGUCUAUUCUGAAACUUUUGAUUGGGAUGGCUCGUGUCGGAGUUAAUGUAUCAUUUAGUGAUGAUAACCAAGCUCGACUCUCUUCUCGAUUACUCCCAGUCGAUCCUCUGAGGGUCCGUUUUGCAGUUGAUGAGGAAGGGGACCGCUCUUGCCUGAAUAGAAAGCUACUCCUAUAAGUGGCAAAUGGGAAGGAGACUGGUAGCCCAUAUGAAAGUGAUAUCUGGUGAUGGAAUUUUGGAUGAGAGACUCAAAUAUGGCCAGAAAAAACACUUUCAAGGAUGAUUUGUUAUUUGAUCAUUUACUAGUGGCUGCUAUUCAUGGCCAGAAUCGGCUCGAAUUUGAGGCACGUGGCUCAGGUCCACUUCCUUUUUGGUGCGAUAAGCUAGGCCCUUGUGAUUUGAUUUAAUCACAGUUGUAGAUUUUCAUGAUUAAUUAGUGACGAAUAUUCACCGGUA